CAGAGCUUGCUGCUGGUCGGUGGCCCCGCCGAAAUGGGCAAUUGGGACGGCACGAAGGCCGUGCCGCUGGAGUGGUCUGAGGGCGACAACUGGACAGCCAAGGUCUCCCUGCCUGCCGGUGCGUCUGCGGAGUACAAAUACAUCAUCAAGCGUAAGGAUGGCCUGGAUUGGUGCCCGGGGCAGAACAAGGCGGUCGCGCUGCCUGCUGCGGUGGCCGUCGAGGUCAGCGACUCGUGGGAGCACUCGACCAACACCAUGGCCGUGACCGGUGCGGGUGACUCAACAUCACCUUUGAGGCGAUGCCCGGGGCAUGCACGGAUGCUCUGGUGGAGGUGGACGAAGCGCGGAAGGCGCGGACCGCAGGUGCGAGUCAUACUGGCGGUUGGUAUUGGCGGUGGUGACGCGGCGAGCGAGGUGGCAACGUGGUGCCAGCCGAGGUGUGACUUGAACACGAAGGAGCUGUGACACAAGUGGACGAGCUGAAAUUCAGCUGGUGCACGUGCGAAUGCGAAUUCAUAAUUUACACACAGGGCCCUGUGGUGGGCGCCGGACAGGGUGCGGCCGCGUAAACGACGCCGGAAGGUUCUCCGACUCUGACACGAUUGUAAUCAUUCAUAUGG